UCCGGCAGGCUCCGUUGUCGCAUGCUCCCGCGUCUUGUUCCCUCACAUAACCUCAAUUUAGCCUCAAAAAUAUUUAGAGCCGAAACAAAUAUCUAUUAAGUGCGCGCCUCUCACUCUCACUUGCCCCCCUCUCGCCAUCGGUCGGUUAUUUUGGUUUUAUUGUUCCCCAGGUGUUUUUUUGUUUAUUUCCCCCAAAACUGAUUUGUGAGGAGGAUCUUUCCUGCUGAGUGGUGACUCUCGAAGGAAACAGGUCUGAAUCACGCCACAAUGGGCCCCUACCAACCGACAUACCAUCGACCAUAGACCAUCAGCAGAAUGAAGGAAAACAAAAGCCACCAGUUUACGAUUUAGUCUCCGGUGGGGCGCGUUUGGUGGUACGGUGCGGGGCUCAAAUCCGGCGAUCGGGCAGGCCCAUGCAUGUCUCGCUUACACACUAGGGUGGAAUUUCCUCGAGGCAAAACAAAUUAGCACCCGUUUCACUUCGGUUUCUAAGAAUCUUUUGUUAUUUGUCAUUUAAAAACGCCUUGUAAGGAGCGCGCACGAUUAACAUCGCGAGUGACGUGAGUGAAAAUGUGAAUUGUGUGAGUGUAAAAUUACCAAAAAAAAAAAAAAGAAAAACAUAAAAAUGCCUUCGAAAAGACCGUAUGAUCUGGUGCAGACUGACGAGUACGACACGAGGAUACCUUUGCACCCCGAGGAGGCGUUUCACCACGGCAUUACCUUUCAGGCCAAGUAUAUCGGCACCCUGGACGUGCCCAGACCCACCAGCAGGGUGGAAAUCGUCUCUGCCAUGCGCAGGAUACGGUACGAAUUUAAGGCCAAGGGUAUCAAAAAGAAAAAGGUGACCAUAGAAGUGUCCGUUGAGGGUGUGAAGGUCACCCUCAGGAAAAAGAAGAAGAAACGCCACUGGAACGAUGACAAGUCAGUAUUACUCAACCACCCCAUCUAUCGGAUAUUUUACGUGUCCCACGACUCGCAGGACCUAAAAAUUUUCAGUUAUAUCGCCAGGGACGGGUCCAGUAAUGUGUUCAAGUGUGCCGUGUUUAAGGCCCAUAAAAAGAGUCAAGCGAUGAGGGUGGUGAGGACGGUGGGGCAGGCCUUCGAGGUUUGUCACAAACUGUCGAUUCAAGCUCCGGAGGACAACUACGACGAGGAGCAAGAGACCACGGCCACCCAAGAGCUCCUCAGCGACCGUCUGAGUGACGUGGCCAGCGACAAACCUAAGAAAGAUCCAACUUCUUCGGAAGGGGUCAACAGUAGCGAGAAGAACUCGCUGCCCCCGGACGACUGUAGCCUUAAGGACGCUUAUCUGGACAACAGUAUUAGACACCCAGUACACUUAGACAUAUUACCCCCACCGCCGUCGAACAGCAGUAGCAGUACCUGUAGGAAGGCGAAAGUGCAAACGGAGACUUACGCCUCACCUCUAAGUGACGCCUUGACGAGCAGCGGUAACACCGGUAGCACCUCCACCUCCGCAGGAGGAGCCCUCUCCUCGCACCACGAGAUGCAACUACUUAAAGAGCAACUGGACCAGCAACGACAACAGACUCAGGCAGCCUUGGCACAGCUACAGCUCGCCAGGGAACAGCUUCAAGCAGAACAGACUGCCAGGAUGGAGGCGCAGGCCCGUACCCAUCAGCUCCUGGUGCACAACCGGGAGCUCCUGGACCACAUUGCCGCCCUGGUGGCUCAUCUGCAGGGCGGCGGAGAUAAGGGGGGGCGGCAGCCCAGUCCGCCCCACAUGACUAUGCCCCAGCAACCAAAAGACUUGGAGCCUCCCCAGUUGGAUCCUGGGAUGGUGCUGCAGGCGCUCGGUCUGGCCUCGCCUGUCACUUGUCAAUCCCCACUUAAAACCACCUUUAAUCCGGGUGGGGGGAGCAUGUUUAAUCUCCCGUACGCCCCGGUUGAGGCCAGCUUCGAAAGUCAGCUGCUGCAACGCAUCCAGGCCAUGGGCAGCUAUCCGCAGCUCCCAUUCGCCGCCUAUCCGCAGUACGGGGGCUACUACAACCCUUGCUAUCCAGUGCCUUAUGCCACUCUACCGAGAAAUUAUUCCAGUCCUAUGGACGAUCGCGUGAAUAACAGGCACAGCGAGCCUCGGCAUAUUCCCUCGAUGUACUGUAACGUAGAGAAGGAGGAGUACCAGAAGGUGCCCCCAAAAAAAGAGAACCACGCCAGAGAGGAAUAUGCCAAAUACGCCCAAGAGUACUCGCAGAAGCAGAGAUCGGAAGAGUCCCAAUUCAUCAAACCGCUCUCGCAAGUCGGCACCUUGACCACCACCGACUCCGAAGGGAGGGUGAGAGUGAUCGUGCCGGCGCCCCCUAGCGGUGAGGAGCAAGACACUCUUUCGAAUCUCAGGAUUAGUGAGGAGCUGAGGCUGAUGAAUGGACCAGGGAUCUCCAGGUCUGCCAGUGAGAGGGUGCCGAAUAGGAGCGAGUUGAUGUCUCAGGUGCAGAGGAGCAUGUGGGCGAGGCAUACGACCAAAUAACUUCGAGAGGGAUUUUUCCUGGACCCAGUCCGGGUUUUUGGGUGAUAGAGUGCCAUGGAACGGACUAUGAUUUGUGUAUGUGUGUGUGUGUGGUAAUGGACCAUGUGACCCCCAUUUGGGGUACUAUAUAGUUGUCGCUUGCGGAAACUGUAAAUAAUCAUUACGUGCGCCGUUAUUAUAAAUAAAUUGAGACGUUUUUAUUUUUUUUUUC